AACCUUCUGGGAAGGCAAAUUCUUUGUCAGAGAACACGGACAGUUGGCUUCAUGAGCCAUCUGUGUCGGAAAACGUUGGAAUGUGAGUGCUCAGUGCUUGUGAGUGCUCUGCCAGAAGAUUUGGUGUUCCAGCCCCAGCAAUAACUGCAGCAGUUUGUCUUUGUCUCAUAAAACAGGAGGAAGGAGAAGAUCCCAUCAGAUCCAGGAUACAAGUGGAAUAACGGCCUGAAACCUGGCCAUGUGCUGCCGUAAAGUUGUUCUGGGUUUGGUAGCAGCCCCAGACUUUUGUACAAGGGGCUGAUGGAAACUCACCACUCCACACUGCUGGGGAAGAGAGAGGACCCUCAAGCAAAGGGCUGCAUCUUGUUUCCUCAAGUUCUCCUCUCUCCUUGAUGGUCUUGCCUCCUGUGUCCUUGAACAGAGAGGCAGGUUUUGAAGUCAUCCUGGCCAGAGGAGCAGGUAUUCAUUCUGCUGAAAAAACCCUUUCCAUGUUGUCCACAGCAGUGAUGAAAAGAGAAGCCCCUCUCAGAGACUGAACUCGUCUGUCAGGAAAAUACCAUUUGCAGAACUUGUCAUGUCUCCCUUCCUGAGGAUUGGUUUGUCCAACUAUGACAGUGGCCCUUACCUGCCGUCCCAGGGGGAGGUGAUUAACCCCUACUGCGCCGUGAUGGUCAAAGAAGCCGUGGAGUCAGAGAAUGGCCAAGUGUACGUGCAGAAGAAGCCCACCAUGUACCCACCCUGGAACAGCACUUUUGAUGCCCACAUCAACAAUGGCCGGGUCAUGCACAUCGUGGUCAAGGACAAAAGUGCUGAAAUGGUCUCAGAGACCACAGUGGAGCUGAAGGUGCUGGCAGAGAGGUGCAAGAAGAGCAAUGGGAAGACAGAGAUAUGGCUAGAACUGAAGCCUCAAGGGCGAAUGCUGAUGAACGCAAGAUACUUCCUGGAAAUCAGUGAUGCGAAGGACCUGGCUGACUGUGAGACUGAAAGCUUCUUCUCCUUGCACCAGCGCAGGGGAGCCAUCAAACAGGCCAAAAUCCACAACGUCAAGUGCCACGAGUUCACAGCCACCUUCUUUCCACAGCCCACCUUCUGCUCUGUGUGCCACGAGUUUGUCUGGGGUCUGAAUAAACAAGGCUAUCAGUGCAGACAAUGUAAUGCUGCCAUUCAUAAGAAGUGCAUUGAUAAAGUAAUAGCCAAGUGUACAGGAUCAGCAAUCAAUAGCAGAGAAACAAUGUUCCACAAGGAGAGGUUCAAGAUCGACAUGCCCCACCGCUUCAAAGUGUACAACUACAAGAGCCCCACGUUCUGUGAGCACUGUGGCACCCUGCUCUGGGGGCUGGCACGGCAGGGGCUCAAGUGUGACGCCUGUGGCAUGAACGUCCACCACAAGUGCCAGGCAAAAGUAGCAAAUCUUUGUGGAGUGAACCAGAAACUGAUGGCUGAAGCUCUGGCAAUGAUAGAGAGCACCCAGCAGGCUCGCUGCCAGCGCGACAGUGAGCAGAUCUCCAGAGAUGGACCUCUGGAAAUUGGCUUCCCUGUUCCUGUGAAGGAUGUGACACCACUUCAGGCCCUGCCAGCAUCAGGGAAAAAAGAGCCACAAGGCAUCUCCUGGGAGACCCCAGUGGAGGGCACAGUGAAGGGAGAAUCCCUCAUAGAGUCAGACUUGGGAGAACAGUCCCAGGAGCAGCAGGAGCACCAAGUGCAGUUAAAACUGACCAUUGAAGAUUUUGUCCUGCACAAGAUGCUGGGGAAGGGCAGCUUUGGCAAGGUGUUCCUGGCCGAGCUGAAGAGCACAGACCAGUAUUUUGCUGUGAAAGCCCUGAAGAAGGACGUGGUGCUGAUGGAUGAUGACGUUGAGUGCACGAUGGUGGAGAAGAGAGUCCUUUCCUUGGCUUGGGAGCACCCAUUCCUCACUCAUGUCUUCUGCACGUUCCAGACCAAGGAAAACCUCUUUUUUGUGAUGGAAUACCUCAAUGGAGGAGACCUCAUGUUCCACAUCCAGAGCUGCCACAAGUUCGACCUCCCCAGAGCAACGUUUUAUGCUGCUGAAAUCAUUUGUGGGCUCCAGUUCCUCCACUCCAAGGGCAUCAUAUACAGAGACUUGAAGCUGGACAAUGUCCUCCUGGACAACGAGGGGCACAUCAAAAUUGCCGACUUUGGGAUGUGCAAGGAGAACAUGUUUGGAGAUGCCAAGACAAGCACUUUCUGUGGGACUCCUGACUAUAUUGCCCCUGAGAUACUGCUGGGGCAGAAGUACAACACCUCUGUGGACUGGUGGUCCUUUGGUGUCCUCCUGUAUGAGAUGCUCAUUGGCCAAUCCCCUUUCCAUGGCCAAGAUGAGGAGGAGCUUUUCCAGUCCAUCCGCAUGGACAACCCCUUCUACCCUCGCUGGCUGGACAAGGAUGCAAAGGACAUUUUGGUGAAGCUUUUUGUAAGAGAGCCCGAGAGGAGGCUGGGGGCGAGAGGGAACAUCCGCCAGCACGCCUUCUUCAGGGAAAUCAACUGGGAAGCUUUGGAAGAGAGGAGGAUGGAGCCUCCUUUCAAGCCAAGAGUGAAAUCUCCAAGUGACUGUAGCAACUUCGACAAGGAAUUCCUAAAUGAAAAACCCAGACUGUCCUGUGCUGACAGAGCACUGAUUAACAGCAUGGACCAAAAUAUGUUCAGCAACUUCUCUUUUGUGAACCCUAAAAUGGAGAAAAUAUUUUCCUGAGAUCUGCCUUACUGAAGGAAUUCUCUGUAAUGAUUUGAGUAGCACUUUGUCAGCUGAAGACUGUGCAUGGUUGUUUUUAUCAAGAACCCUCCAGAAAGAAAGCACCUCAGUGAAAGUUUGUACCAUGCCUGGAGGCUUCUGACUUUCUCCAGUCCAUGGCAGAUGCCAGCCUACUCUUCAUUGAUGAUAAAGUUUCUUUGUGGUAUCUUUUGGUCUCUCUUCUCUCUCUUCCCAAUGUUCUUGAAGUAGAAAGCAUUUGAAAAUGAGGAGGUGCCAAAACCUGUUCCCCACUACUUGUACACCCACCCAACAGGUUUCUCUGUAAGGAAAAGUGAGUAUUUUUGAGGUUCUGGUGAUGUCAGUGCCCAUUUCUGCAACUCUGACCCAGACCCACCUUCUUUUGAAGGAAAAGUGAUUUUCUCAAGGCCUGAUCAGGGAAGACUCAAGUUGGAUGCUUUGGUAACCUCCACUUGUACAUGUGCAGAAUUGCCAAAGUGUGCACAGCUUUGAAGAAAGAAAUUUGCUCCCUACACCCUUUAAAAAUGCUGUUCACAGGUGUUAGGAUUCAAUUUUCCUCCAUAGGACGAAGAAACUUUUUUCAGGUGCCCAUUCCACCAUCUGCACAUCUCAAUGGAUCAUUACCAAAGGGGGUGCCAAGGGGGUACAGAAAACCAGGAGUUUACACUUAGUGCCUGAGCAGGAAGGAUGGGAAGUUGCAGAAUGUUUCAAGAACCCUGUUGUAAAGCUUUAAGUGUCUUCUGACACACCAGACUCAGGGCAAGAUCUCAAUGGGGCUUUCUGACAUUUUA